UCCGAGUUGUACGCAUUUCUUGUUUGUUUACUAACUCUGGACUUCCUGCUUGACUGGAGUUCUUCUCUUUAUCAACAAACUAACCCUAACCGGUCAACAAUAACCUUUUCAAAAUGGGAUGUGAUGGUGGCACUAUCCCUAAAAGACACGAAUUGGUGAAAGGCCCGAAGAAAGUGGAAAAGGUGGACAAGAAUGCAGAACUAUUUGCCAAAUGGAAAUAUUGCGCCCUGACCCAGGAGAAACUCAAACGGCCCAUCAUCACGUGUGAACUGGGAAGACUCUACAACAAAGAUGCUGUCAUUGAGUAUCUUCUUGAUAAAACCGCUGAGAGACCACACGCAGACGUUGUUUCUCACAUCCGUGGGAUGAAGGAUAUCCAGGAGCUGAAUUUCACAGAUAACCCGGAAUGGGAAGGCGAAGGUAGAAUCUCUAAAGGAGACCGUUACGAGGACAUGCACCUUGCCAUGUUCAUUUGUCCCGUGGUGGGCCUGGAGAUGAGCGGCAAACACAGGUUUUGCUACCUCCAGAAAUGUGGCUGUGUGUUUUCAGACCGGGCCCUAAGGGAGGUAAAGUCAGAGAUCUGCCACAAGUGUGGAGAGCAAUUCAAAGCUGAAGAUAUAGUGGUGCUCAACGGCACUAAGGAGGAUGUAGAGAAGCUCAAGCAGAGGAUGGAGGCGAAGAGGGCUCAAGCAAAAAAAACUAAGAAAUCCAAGAAGAGCAAAGUUGCUGAGACUGUGGCCGGAGUAUCUGAGUUAAAAGAGAAAACAACUUCCGGACCGGACUCUCAGGGAACUUGCUCAACACAAGAGGGCAGUGAAAGCACAGCCCCUGUUCCUGCCCCUGUUCCGGCGCCAGAGGUGGCGGGGCCCUCUGUAUCCAGCGGCUCCUCCAUCGCCAAGGGGGCCAAAGCCGCCGCGGCCUCCAUCUCCAAGAGGUCCUACCAGGAGAUGGGCGAGAAGUCUGAGGUCUUCAAGUCUCUCUUCACUACUCACACCUCCGCCAAGCGAACCAAGGACCAGACCUCCAACUGGGUCACCCACACGCCCUAUCACUUCUAGGGGUCUCCACACCUGGAGGGAAGAACAACGCAAACAAAUACAGAGGGUUUCUCUUGGCUUUUUAUGGGAUUCUUUUGUUUCUCUCUCUCUCUCUCUCUCUCUCUCUCUCUCUCUCUCUCUCUCUCUCUCUCUCUCUCUCUCUCUCUCUCUCUCUCUCUCUCUCUCUCUCUCUCUCUCUCUCUCUCUCUCUCUCUCUCUCUCUCUCUCUCUCUCUCUCUCUCUCUCUCUCAGGUGUCUUCUGACCCUUGAGGCUAUAUAGGGACAUGAUCCAAGUAUUCCUUGUAGACACUUUGCUCUUUGUUUACAAUGUAUGCCCACUUUGUUAAUCAGUCCCUCAGCUGUCUUAUUACCGUCCAUGGUUGAAUCCCUGGGAUAUUUCAUGUUGUAACAGCAAAGGCCCAUUGAGAGUUGAGGCUUGAGAGUGAUGUGGAUGUUGGUGUUCAUGUAUAUAUAUAUACAGAUAUUCUAUGUAUCUGUAUACGUAUGGGAUUUUUCUGUUUUCAAUCUCUAAAUUUCAGAUGUACCAAGUCAAACAAAAUAAAUAGGCUGCUUUUCAGAAAUUAUUA